AUGGAAAGGAAAUAAAAAACCAAAGAAAUUACAAUAAAAACUACUCAGAUUAAUAAUAGUAUUAAAAUUAACUGUGCUUAAUAAUUCACAAAAUUAUAUAGUUUUUAAAAUGAGUAUUUAUAAGUAAAAAGAUAUGUUUUAAUUAGAAUCUUCAGGAAAAGGUAUAAAUUGAUAAUUUGGAAUAAGUUUAGUAAAUUUUAGAGUUUUGAGAUAAUAGAGUAUUCAAAAUAAGGUGACAGAGGAUCUAUUGAAUGA